AUGGAGGAGGCGGGGGCGGCCGCAGCGGCAAAGUAUGCAGAGGAGGAAGACUACGACGAGGAGUGCAUAGACUUUGACCCCUACGCAUUCAUCAAGAAUCUGCCACCGCUGAAGCAGGUGGUGCCUCGCUGGCGGCGCUCCCUCCUGCCCCGGCAGACCCGCCAGUGCAAGAGGAAGACCCUGGUGCUGGACCUGGACGAGACGCUGGUGCACAGCACGCUGGACGGCUGCGACGAGCCAGACUUCAGCUUCCCGGUGGCGUUCAACGGGAGGGAACACCGCGUGCAUGUGCGCCGCCGGCCGCACCUGCAGCACUUCCUGCAGCGCUGCGCGGAAUUGUUUGAGGUGGUCGUCUUCACCGCCUCCCAGAAGGUCUACGCGGAGCAGCUGCUCAAUAUCCUCGACCCCACCCGGACUUUGAUCCGGCACCGCGUGUUCCGGGACUCGUGUGUGUUUGUGGAGGGCAACUACCUGAAGGACCUCUCCGUGCUCGGCCGCGACCUCGCACACACCGUCAUCGUCGACAACUCCCCCCAGGCGUUCGGCUACCAGUUGCCCAACGGCAUUCCCAUCGAGUCCUGGUAUGACGAUGAGGCAGACAGCGAGCUGCUGAGCCUGCUGCCCUUCCUGGAGAGCCUGGUGCAUGUGGACGAUGUGCGGCCGGCGCUCCUUGCCGCUUACAAACUGAACCAGCUUGUCGAGAGCGCCCCCACCUAUCCUUCCUACCACUGA